UUUCGCGAAAAUGCUUCAUACAAAACUGCUACUGCUUCUGUUUCAUUCCGUCGUGCUAAUUACCGCGGCGAAAUUCGAUUUUGCUUUAAUAUACCGCAUAGACGCAGAUCCACGGCGACAUCAAUUUAUCGCCGGUGCGGAGGUAUCGGAGGAACUAGGAAAUGCAACUGAAGUAAUUCUAAACCAAAAAGUGCCUAUCAUCUUAAGAAGUUUUGAUCUUAGCUUCAUGGAAAACUUACGUACACUAACGAUGGACAACUGUGGUAUAAAUGAAAUAGAAGUUGGAAGUUUCAGGAGCUUGGAAUCUUUGAAGUAUGUUAAUAUCACCAACAACCCCCUCAAAGUCAUCAAGGAUGGAAUUUUCAACUAUAUGUCAGUGGAAGUGUUGAAUUUGUCUCAUAACAAGUUAGCUACAAUUAGCCCUGGAGCUUUUGAUAACAUGCCAAGACUAGAGCACAUUAUUUUGGAUUAUAACGAGCUCACUUCGUACGCUCUAUGGUUCAAAGAAUGCCCGAGUCUUGUGACUAUAUCUGCGCAAUUCAACUUUAUACAGUUUCUAGCUCCCAAUAUUUUUGAAAAUUUAGUUGAUCACAAAUUAAUAGUACAGUUCAGUUACAACAAAAUAAAUUUGGUGCAUGAGGACAUUUUCGACGUACAAGAAUAUGACGAACUACAUUUGGAUCAUAACGAUUUGGUAGAUUUUGAUGUUGAAAUUAGUAAGGUAGGAGUUUUAGGUUUGCAGCAUAAUUAUAUUGACUGUCUGGAAGACGAGUACGUCAAGAAAGAACUGAGAAAAGCGAGAAGAGUGUUUUUGGAUGACAAUCCGAUCAAUUGUACUUGCUACGACCGAUUGUCACGUUUAGAUAAUGUUUUAGUGUCCGCAUGUGUAAACGAAGAAAACAAAGAAUGAUCUGUGAUGUUCAAGUUUUCAAGUCAAUAAUCAAGACUGUAUUUUGCCUCUGUCUUACUGCCAAAAUUAUGAUUUAUAAAUAAAUUGUAAUUUACGUUAUAUUAAAUAUUUUUCAUU